UGCUCCCGCUAACGCAGCCACGUGACUUGGAGGCGGUGGGCGAAGGGUUAAACUGCAGUGAGGAAGAGGAGGAGGGUGAAAAGACUCAGUCGCUCAACGGCCUCCUGAUGAAGAUUCUGUCGCUCGGUGGUAGGGGAAAAAAAAAUCAAUCUCACAUUGACGCGCUUGACUUUGUGUGUGCAUGCGGCAUUUUCAUGACAGUCGAGCGAAAUAUGACAUCUCGUUCUUCCUCUUCACCGCCAUCACCCUCGUCACGUGACACGCGCGGGCAAACGUGACGGUGCGCGUUCAAGCGGUCGCUGCGCUGCAACGUGACGUCAGCAACAUGCCAGAUCGCGCAAAAUCUUAAGAAGACCAUGGGAGACGGGGGCGACCCCCUGCAAAUAGAGGGCAACGCCCUCCUCAAAGCAGUGUUCCAGGGCAAGCUGAGGCUGAGCCGUCUGCUCUUGGAGGGCGGCGCGUACAUCAAUGAGGGCAACGAGCUGGGCCAAACUCCGGUGUCAGCUGCCUGCCUGGCGGACUACGAGGACCCCCGUACCCGCCUGCGCAUGGUACGCUACCUGUUGGAGAAGGGCGCCGACCCCAACAUCCCGGACAAGAGCGGCAGGACGGCCCUGAUGCACGCCUGCGCCAAUCGGGCCGGGAAGGAGGCAGUUUCCCUCUUGCUAGAGAACGGAGCCGACCCCAGCCUCAAGGACUACUCUGGAUGCUCCGCCCUCAUGCGGGCCCUCAACAACGGCGACCGGGAGACCCUGCGCCUCCUGCUGGAUGCCUGCAGGGCCCAAGGCAAGGAGGUUAUCAUCAUCACCAGCGACACAUCUCCGUCCGGUACCAAAAAGACAAAGCAGUACCUGAACUCUCCUCCGUCUCCGGGCGUGGACGACGGGGCGUCCCCCCAAGCCACGCCCGUCGCCGCCUGCAUGUCGCCGUCAGAGGUGGAGAUAGCGACCUCGCCUCUGACCGACCGCGACAAAGGCCAAGAAGACGACCGAAUCUUCAGCUUCUCGCUAGCCUCCGCGUUGCCUUUGCCCAACGGUCGCCCUCAGGGAGAAAAGAGAGCGGCGGCGCCGCCUCCUCCUCGAAAGCUGCUCAAGAGGCUCAACUCGGAGCCUUGGGGCCUGGUAGCACCCUUGACCUCCGGUGGGCUACCUCAGGAGAUCGUCAGGGGGCGUCUGGAGGAGGCGGACGGCGUCUGCCGUCUGAGUAAACGUAUCAAUGGACUGUGCCUGACCGAAUGCACCAGACCGCUGUUGUCGCGGCGCCACAGCAUCGAGACCCACGACCCUUGUUCCCCAAAAGCAACAGACCCGUCCUGCUCCGAGGAGCACGCCGUCCUCACCCCCUCCUCUCUGGCAGACAAGCUUCAACACCACCAAAUCCCGCAUUGCAGAAACGCAGCGCCGGAAUCCCAGAACGUCUCCACGCAGAUCUCAGCUCAUCCCAAACUAAACCGAACAGAGAACUCCGACGUUGGCGACCCUGAGAAUCCGGAAUCCAUCCCUGGAUCUCCUGACUCAGGGUGGGUGUCCGUGGAGUGGAGGAGGUACAACACAUCCUUCGUUUCCCUGGUCCCAAACUCAUGUCGGGAUUCUCUGGAGAACAUCCCCAACUCCGUGUCCCCCGUGGGUAUGCCCCAACGGAGCCCCAGACUCUUGGAGCGCCGGGGCUCCGGGACCUUACUUCUGGACCACAUAUCCCACACCAGACCCGGUUUCCUGCCGCCGCUCAAUAUCAACCUCCAAAGACCGAUCCCGGAUAUCCGCUGCAACAGUAAGCCCCCCUCGCCGGUCCAUAGUGGCCACAAAAUCCUGGUUCCUGUGGCCCCAGCUUCCCCAAAACGAGGUCCAGAAUUUAAGAGCAAAAAGAAGCUGAUGAGGAGGCAUUCCAUGCAGACGGAGCAGAUGAAGCAGCUUUCCGCGUUCCAGAAGAUUUUGGCUGAGAAGGUCUCGGAAUCCCACGGUGACUGAGGGGGGGUCACAGGGGCUGCAUGACAAAUUUGUCUCUUUAGAGGGCUAAUGAGGGCUCACACUUAACCAGAAAAAAAAAAAAAAAACAACUACAGUAUCUUUAUGCUUGCCAUUUUGGAUCACAUCUUCUUAAUACUUAUACACAUUGUAGAUACAUAUGAAAUUUUCACUUUUAGCACAGGUCACAGUGUCGUUAUGGUUUCACGGUGAGGGCCAUUAUGAUUAAGAAACCAUAUACUGGAAUUGUAUGAUAGCCUCAUAUUAAAUAUUUUAAAAGGCUUUGAAAUCAGAAGCUACGUCAACCUGUCCAACUAUUUGAACUGGUAAAAAAAAAAAAAAAAAAAAAAUGCUUGCAAUUCAACAAUUUAUAAGUGAAAGGUUAGAUGUGAAUGUGAGUGAGUGCAAAUGUUUGUUUUCAUGUGCCCAGCGAUUGGCUGGUAACCGGUUCAGAGUGAACCGCAUCUCUGGCCCGGGCCGUGACAAGUUUAUCAGACAUUUACAUCUGUAGACGUUCAAAAUGCACAAUUUGGGCAUGUAUGACGCUGUCAAGAAUAAGAGUGUUUACAAAGUUCUCGGGACAAUCGGAAUGAUGCGAGAUGGAGCUUUGGUGUUUUCAUAUUUUGCUGAAACCAUAAAGGUGGCGGAAAAGGGCUCGGGCUGAAGUGGACGGACCGAUUUUUUGCCGGAAUAUCUUCAUUUUCACGUUAGGCCUCCUGAGAAGAUUGAUGGAUUGAUUGAUUUGCUCCUAAACAUUUGAUUUUUUUUUUUUUCAUUCACCGUUUUUGUGGGCACACGGAGGAAGUCGUGUGCGUGCUGAUUUCCGUGCACACGUGCAACGACAAAAAGACUUUCAUGAUCAUGAGUUUCCUUUUGUUGAAAAAUACUGUACUUUUCUUCUGCCAGUCAACUUGACUGAUCGCUGCAAGACAAAAUUGAUGCUGUUGGAGAUGCACUUUAAUAUCGUCGAUUAGCUUUCAAGGUCAGCUAGCGCACGUUGACAUUUAUGUGCGUGCGUGUGUCGUACACUAC